GCCAUUCACGGCAGGUUGAAGUGUGUGUUUCAGGCUUACUUUUAUUUGUGACUAAUUCUAAUGAUGUACGUAAUAACAUGGAAAAAUACAAAAAUAACAAUGCAAUAGUAUUACUCAAAAAACGCAGUUACUUUCAAAACGUCGGUGAAGCCGUACACGAACCCACUGCCCUGUACUUAGGGAAUCUGCUCUGACGCAAGGCGGUCGUUUGACCGGAAGUUGAAACUUCCACAAAUACACUCUUGACGUUAGUGAAGAAUUGUGGAGCUCAGCAGUGUUAGCGAAAGCAAAAUGGUUUCCUUUAGUGUGCGCAAAAAAUACCGGCUGUUUCGACUUCAUAUUACAGAAACGAUAAACGGGGGAAUAAUUGAAUAUGCAGUACGCGUCUCUCCCCGUUUGUUAGAAUGUAUUUAAGAGAUAAUUGGACUUUUUUCAGUUAAAAACUUGGUAUCAAUCAACGUCAAGUGGAACUCGAUAAACAAACAGCAGAAGAAGGCCUUAGAGUUCUACGGAGCAGUUUCUAGGAACAGGAAAAAAUACACGGACUGAUGGAGAAUAAAGAUUUUUAAAGUCCAGCACUUGAUGGCUGAUCUGACCGGAAGAAGCUGAGAUACCGACAGAAUUUUCACAGUGGAGAUUACAGGCUCGAAAUCGUUGGCGAUUCUGCCAUCUGUUGGUCAAAUGGUAAUAUAGAACAACGGUUUUCACCAUUUCCCCAGCGUUACACUCCAGCACACCUUAAAGGUUAGACGACUGUUCAGGUGCUGCAGCAGAUUGAGUGAAACCGAGCUUUUGACUUGCACGUUGUGUGUCUUCAACCCACAUCAAACUGUACAGGAAGCAUGGUUGUAUUUAUGUGAGAAACACAAGCAGUAAACAGCCAGUGUUGCAUGAUGGUGCGUCUACUCUGGUCUGUUCUGCUGCUCUGUCUCACUGCACACGGAGAUAAUGUCAUUUGGAAACGGCCUGGAGAGAACGUCACCUUUGAGUGUUGCUUCACCAAAUGUCCAAGUUCCAUUGAUGGUUUUCCUGGGAUGUAUCUGUAUCAUUAUUCACCAGUGAAGGAAGAGGUGCUGUUUUAUCACUUCCACUCAGAUAAAGAAAGUAUCCAGCCACGCACGAGAUACUUAAACAGGCUGAUGACAAAAGGAUCUCUGCGGAACCACACUAUCACCAUCCAAUAUCUGAACACAAACGACUCUGGCAUCUACAAAUGUGUCUACAAAGACAUUGAUGCUGAAGUUGUAUGUAAUGACUACACACUUUUUAUAUCAGUUACCUCAUUUCAGGCUACAGUGCUAGCACAUCCCCCACUGAGAAAUAUGCCUCUUUCCCCCAAUGAGGAACAUCCACCGCUGCUGUUAAUCACCGUUGCCACCAGUGCCAUCAGCAUAUUUUUAACCACGGUUGUCAUCCUGCUGAUAAUAAAAAUGAAACACUGUAAUGGCAAAACAACAUCAGGAGCUCCACCAGAAGAUGUGUAUGAAAUCAUGACCAAGAACCGCCCACAGCCUGUAGCUGCACCAGAGUAACCAGAGUGGCCCUAUUAGUAUGUGAUGUUUUGUUUUGUUUUUUAAUUCAAAAUACUGUAUAUAAAUGUAAAACACAGAGAUUGUGUAAUUUAAUCUUCUCUUUACUUGUUUCCUGUUUUUUUCUUUUAUAACCUUUAUUGUACUGUAAUUGACCAGAAAAGAAGUGCUAUUUCAAUUCCCCAACAAAUUAUUAUUAUAUUAUUGUCCAUUAUUAUUGGCACAUGGGAAAGUCUUAACAUCAUGUUUCUUUAAAUCAUAGUUAUUAUUAAAUAAUUAUUGCGUUCCACA